CAACGAGGCGGGAUGGAAGACGCGGAGGUUGUACUGGAGGAGAAUGACCAGGCUGAGACCGUCACCUACACAGCGUACAAGAGGCGCUGGGCAAUACUGGUGACGGUCAUGUUGCUUAACUUCUCCAACGCUGGGAUGUGCUUUAACCUGGCCUCCGUGGCGUACAAGGCAGCUGACUACUUCGAGGUGACGCAGUACGACAUCACCUGGUUCUCGCAGGUGUACCUUAUUUUACCCGUCGCCCUCUCCUUCGUCUCCACCUACAUAUUCAACAAGUUCGACAUGAAAGUGGGCAUCCACAUUGGCUCUGCCUUCAACUGUGUAGGAGCUUUGACGCGAGCCGUGGCCACCUCGGGUCUCAUACCCGACCUCAGGACUCAGUACGUUGUCAGCCUCAUCGGACAGGCUGCGGGAGCGACGGGGCAGCUCUUCAUCGCCUUCAUUAUCACGAAGGUCACACAAAAUUGGUUCCCUGACGACGAGCGCAUGAUAGCUACAUCCAUCAUGGCUUUCUUUCCUCCGCUCGGUAUCUCGGCGGCCCAGGUGAUGGCGCCGAUUGUGGUGACGAAGAAGCAACAGAUUCCAACCCUCAACUAUAUAUACGGCGGACUGGCCCUCCUUGCCGAGCUUGCCACUCUCGUCUGUGUCACCAGGUCGAGGCCGUCAACACCGCCGAGUCGCAGCGCCGAACAUGGGACCACGGUCAGAGCCCCUUACCUGCAGCAGCUCAAGGAGACCUUCACUUCUCCUUCCUUCUUUGGCCUCCUCUUAAUGACCGGAGUAUUGACGGGUUUCUUCCUCUGCCUCACUACACUAUCGCAGCAAAUGCUGUGUUCCAAGGGAUACAGUGAUCUCUUCAGCGGAGUGGUGGUGGCCAUCUUCAGCACAGCAGGCUUCGUGGGUUCCAUUGCCAUAGCAGUGGUGGAAAGUCGUACUAAGGCUUUGACGAACAUUAUCAAGCUUGCCAAUGGUUUUGGAGUGGUUUUUGCCAUAAUGAUGAUGGAGGUUUACUUAGUGCCCGGCCAGUAUGCCCUCCUAAUCAUCUCCAGUAUCUUGUUUGGGUUCUUCGUCUGUGGAGUGUAUCCCAUUAGCCUGGAGAUGGGGGUGGAGAUCACUUAUCCUGUGGAGGAGACCAUCAGCACUACUUCAAUCUUUGUGGGUGGUCAGAUUCUGGGUGUACUCAUGACCUACACGGCGAACAUUCUCUCGAGCGACCUGCCGCCCGAGUUGGAAGACGUGGAGGUGUGUACUAAGGAUAUUACCUCCGACCUGCAGGCCCGAGACUACUCAGGUGUCCUCAUGGGACUCAUGGUCGUCCUCACCUUCAGCGUCAUCCUCUUCACUGUCUUCUUCCGGACGCCCUACAAGCGGCGAGAGGCAGAGCAGACCACCGACAUGAACGCCACCGACUAGACCGCCUCCACCUGUGGAUGAUGACUCCUCCCCUGUGGCUGCGGAGCAUGUUUGUCCGCCAAGCCCCGCCACGCCUCCAUUGUUAUAGUGCUCAGUUUUCAUCCACUCGCUUGUCUACGAGAAGAAAGUAAAACUGAAGAUGAAUGAAUGAAUAAAUAAUAUAAAAUAAUAAUAAUAAUAAUAAUAAUAAUAGUAAUAGUAAUAAAUAGGUGAAGUAAUAUCAUGUCAUGUCUUGUAUGUUUGUGUUUUGUUGCUGUAAUGUCGAUCUUCCCUCAAGUCAACAUCUGUGACUGUAAAAAAUAAAUAAAAAAUAAUUGUACAUAAAAACUAGUAAUUAUAAUAAUUAAAAAAAUAUAAAUAAAUAGAUGAAAAUGAAUAAAUAAAUAAGUAAAC